UCCCCAAGGUACCUGUACGUGAACAGCCGUGCCUGGCCUCGGGACUGCAUCAUCUCUGACCCGAUGCAGCCGCCCCCCAUCGCUGAGGAGAUCGAUCUGCACGUGUUCGACCUGAAGACCAUGAAGGAGGUGAAAAGAGCCCUCCACGCGCAUCGGGCCUACACGCCCAACGAGGAGUGCUUCUUCAUCUUCCUGGAUGUCAGCAGGGACUUCGUAGCGAGUGGGGCAGAGGAUCGCCAUGGUUACAUCUGGGACCGGCACUAUAACAUCUGCUUGGCCAAACUGCAGCACGACAACGUGGUGAACUCGGUGGCGUUCAGCCCAGUGGAGCAGGAGCUGCUCCUGACAGCCAGCGACGACACCACCAUCAAGGUGUGGCGCUCCCCUCGCGCUGUGCGUGUCCAGCAGGCCAGGAAGCCCCGGCCCAGGAAACUACUCUUCUCCUGGCUCAUGAACCAGAAAAGCUGAACCCAGGUACACCUACUCCUGCAGCUUCCUCACUGCAGCCACCGCCUGGAGCUUGCAGAGCUUUGGGCCCUGCACAACAGAGACGGGCUCUGGGCACACGAAUCCCAUCCACGGAGUCUGGAGGGGCCCUGGUAGCGGGGAUUGCAUCCCCUUGGAGCGUCUGCUUCAGAGACAGAACGUAGAGCAGGGGCCCAUCCCUGGGCCCUGAGCUGGUCACUGCAGGCUCCCCACAGCUUCUCACGAACGCUGCUACUUGGUCACAGCUCUCUGAGUGAGCUUUGGUCGCCUAGAACAGACUGAGGCACGUCCCCAGCGUUUGUACUGCGUGAGCCUGGGACGUGGCCGACCUUGCCAAGAGCUACCGGCUGCAGAGCACUUGGCAGAAGC